AUGGACAUGGGCCAUCAAACCAAAAGAACUUCAGCCGCGAAGAAGAAACAGACCUCAUGGGGCGAUGCGGUGGUAGCACCCACAGCCCAACAGACCGCUCCCACACAGCUGAAGGGCUGGGGCCUUUCCUAUUGGUGCUUCUCUCCGCGCUAUGCGAUGAACGAUCUCAAGCGCAACGGCGUACGUAACGUCAUCAUCACAAGCGGAACACUCUCACCGAUGAGAGAAUUCGCCUCAGAGAUGGCUCUGUCAUUUGGGGUUCAGUUGACGAACUCGCACGUUAUCACAUCCAAGCAAGUGUGGGUGGGAGUCAUGGAAAAAGGACCCAACAGACAGGCACUCAACUCCAGCUUCAGAAACAGAACCAACGAAGCAUAUAUCACUGACCUUGGAAUGGCUAUUGUGAGAAUCAGUGCGAGUGUUCCUGAUGGUGUGUUGGUCUUCUUCCCGUCGUACGCAACAAUGACGGCGUUCAUAGAGCAGUGGAAAAAGGUGAGUGUGGAU